GAAUCAAGUUCUAUUCUAUUCAGUGUGGAGGGUAUGCUGAAAUUGGACUGACAGCAGGAAGGGCCACCUGUACGUGUAUGCCCGGACAGCCUGGCAACCAGGGGCCACCAGGACCAAAGGGUCACAGAGGUCUCCCAGGCAACACAGGAGAGCCAGGAAGACUAGGCAACUGGGGAGGUAUGGGACAGACAGGUGACUAUGGCCAUGUUGGGGAGCCAGGCUCUAAGGGCAUUGAAGGAAUCAAAGGAAACAAGGGGAUGAGAGGACUUCAUGGCCUUGAUGGCGACAGAGGUCCCAAAGGUCUGAAGGGAUUACAAGGCGCCGGGGGCUUCAAGGGAACUCGGGGGUCACCUGGAGAGCUGGGUGAGACCGGAGAACAAGGAGGAACUGGAGAUCCAGGUCCACUUGGAUAUGAAGGAAUUCCAGGAUAUACAGGAGUGAAAGGAGAAGAAGGGCCCUCCGGUGUUGAAGGACCGGUUGGGGCACAGGGAGCGCAGGGUGUUGUAGGUGAUCCUGGAGAGACCGGAGCUACUGGGGAAAAGGGCAAACCUGGUGCCCAAGGAGCAGAAGGAAGAUAUGGCACCAUUGGACAAAAGGGCAUUAUUGGAGACCCUGGUUUGCCUGGGAGAGAUGGUGACAUAGGAGUAGAGGCUUAUCAAGGACCACAGGGCCCGGAGGGCAGAAACGGACAAUUCGGAAUAAUGGGGGAGAAAGGAAUGCUGGGGCCGGCAGGGGAGAUGGGGCAUCAAGGCCAAACUGGCCCCAGGGGUUAUAAGGGAUCAGCAGCAAAGCCAGGAAGACCUGGAUUUAUUGGACCCCCAGGACCUGUCGGGCAUGUGGGAGUAGCUGGACGGCCAGGCCCCAAGGGAGAUACAGGCAUUGAAGGGAUCCAAGGAGUCAACGGUGCAAAGGCAGAAAAGGGCGAAAAGGGCCCCAAAGGCAAGUUUGGAGACGUCGGUGCACAGGGUCCCCACGGCGGUCGGGGGAAGCGUGGGCCAGGGGGCGAGCCUGGACGCACAGGCCCAGUCGGAACUAAUGGGAUCCGGGGUGAUGGAGGACCAGUCGGGUUUCAGGGUCCGCCAGGGCCACCGGGCCCAACCCUCCCCGCUCAACACGUGAUUGAGGUCUGCAAGAGAGUGGUGCUGGAACAGAUGUCCACCUUUGCCAACUCUGUGAAGAGGACAUGUGCUGCCGUGUGCCCACUCUACGGGGACGUCCCCUUGGGUGCCCCCGGUCCCACAGGACAGAAGGGAACACCGGGACCUCCAGGCGGUAAUGGUAUUGACGGUAUGAAUGGAGAGAUUGGACAACCAGGAUUCUAUGGGGAGGCUGGAGACACAGGCAAACAAGGACAGCCAGGUGAUCAAGGAGACCAAGGAGACGAGGGAGCAAAGGGCCAUGGCCUACCUGGCUAUAUCGGAGACCAGGGACCAAAGGGCCAACGUGGAAGACCUGGCAGAGCCUUCAAUGGCACACCAGGACGAGAGGGCGAGAGAGGCCAUGUAGGCCGGCCUGGACUAAGAGGUCACCCAGGACUACGAGGAGUCCCAGGUGUGUGUCAGACCACUGAGUGCGUUCUGCUAAACAACAACACAACCAACGGAUCACAUCAGAAUGCACCCCAGAGGUUGAGAAGACACCCAUAGAGGAAACAUUUGUCCAAGUUGCGUGGAUGUAUCAUGAAAUGAGGAGUGGGGGAGGGGUGGAUUGGGAGAGAGGAGAUUUUUUGUUAAUAAAUGUAUUAAAAUCAAAGUCAAAAUGCUUCAAUGUAAAUAUGCAUCCGAUCUCCACUGCGAAAGACUGAGAUUCACCCAUUUUACUUUCUUGAACAAAUCUGCUGUAGGCCUUAAAACAACAUCCCAUUCUCAUUGUUCAUUUGAAAAAUACACCAAUAUCUAUAUAUUAUGUAAAAAUGCUUUGAUUUGAAAGUUUAUUUGACACAUUUUAUUUAAACUGGUCAUAGUUGUCUUCAAAUCUCACUGAUCUUUAUAAUAAAAGCACAAAAAAUUACUAACUUAUUUUACUGUAACAAUUCCUCCACUGUUUUCUUUUUUAUUAUGAUAUAGUAUUGAGAAUAUUAUAUACAAAUUCAAUACAAAAUCAAGUGUACAAUUCUUAAUUGUAAUUCACAAAUUGUUCAGCAAAGUGUUUAUCACAAUUCUGUUGAAGCAUGCUAGCUACUUAAAUCAAUAACAGUUACUGUUGGCCAAUGGUUACUGUUAUGGCUAGCAGUUACUGUUAGCCAUUGGUUACUGUUAUGGCUAGCAGCUACUGAUAGCCAACGGUUUGUGUUAUGGCUAGCAGCCAAUGAUUACUCAUCUGGCAUGCAUCUGCCGUUAGCCAAUGGUUACUGUUAUGGCAGCAUACUGUUAUAGUCGAAUGUCUUUUCAAAAUAACAGUUUGUGUCAGUCUGUGCCUAAUGUCAGUUGUGAAGUCAUGCGUUAUUUGAUUACGUUUUUGUAUGCCUUGUUACUAGCAGGUUUAAGUGUCAUCCAGAAGGCAUAAUGUUGGAUCAUUAUGAAGUAACCAACAAAACGACCUCUUGUAGUGGAAAGAUCUGGAACAUAAAUGUGAAUACAAAAUGAACAGUA